GGUGGGAGCGCGUGCUGCUGGGAGUUGUUUGGAGGUUGGCGGCGCGGGGCUGACGAUCUCAGGCAGAGCGAUCAUGUCGCACAAACAAAUUUACUAUUCGGACAAAUACGACGAUGAGGAGUUCGAGUACCGGCAUGUCAUGUUGCCCAAGGACAUAGCCAAGCUGGUCCCUAAAACCCAUUUGAUGUCUGAAUCUGAAUGGAGGAAUCUUGGUGUUCAGCAGAGUCAGGGGUGGGUCCAUUAUAUGAUCCAUGAACCAGAACCUCACAUCUUGCUGUUCCGGAGGCCGCUGCCCAAGAAGCCAAAGUAAUGAAGCUGGCGAGCCACUUUUCAGCCUCUAGCUCUACUCAGCUGUCCUCACUUGCUAACAGCUUUCUGAUAACAUUAUGUUGCCUUCUUGUUUCUCACUUUGCUAUUUAAAGGAUGUUUAAAAUACACUGUUUGAAAUGUGCUGGUGACUGCUUUGCUACUUAAGCAGAGCCGGCAGCAGCACUGCCAGCCAGAGGAGUGCUCUGAGGGCUGCAGCCCCAGCUGCGUGUGACCCCUGAAACCAUGAUGAGUUCUGUACCCAGCAGAACACACGUGGCCGAUGGAGGAAGCAUCAGAAUGAGACCAGGGCUGUAACAGGGAUUGUGUACAUUUGCUGUUUUGUUUUGUUUUCCUGCCAGGUGUAUGUAUGGGGAUUUAUGUUUCAAUGUAUUGGAAACUUUCCAUUUUAUUCAAGAACUCUAUUUCAUGUUAAAAGCCUUGAUUAAAGAGGAAUUUUUUUUAUAA